AUGCACACUGUUUUACGAUACAGUUACCACCCCAGUCUCGCAGCGGCAGCGACGAGAGCUUCGCACUUUCGUAGCCAAUCGGAGUCUGCAUUUGCCUUUGACCUGGAACGAUCGGAAGGUGAGAACGCAUCAGAGUGGGAAAGCGAGGAUUGCGGCGGGAGCAGCGGCGGGAGCGGGUCGAAAGGAGGCAUCGUUGAGGGCAGCAGAUUCGUUCCUAACGCGCAUCGCGGCUUGUCGGCGACAGCUAAGGUCGUCGUUAAUGAUUCCGCAGAUAAUCUUGCGAACCCCGAAGGCCAGCAAGACCAGGCAGCUCCUUUACCCAGCUCAAGAGCUUCGAAGCCGCAAUCGCCGCUGCCACGUCAUCGUCGGUACCGGUCAGACGACGCGUUCUCCUUCCACGAACCUUCCACGCGCGCUGCGGCGGACGAGUCUAGAAACACCGCCGGCAGUUUUAACAAUAGUGGUAGUGGCGGCAACGGGCCGCGUGGCGGCGGCGGUUCGCGCGGCGGCGGCGUGAUGACGAUGGUGCAGCGAGGAAUGCAGUUGCUGAGUCCCAAUGGCAAACUCGCCGCCGGAAAAGACGGCGGACGCGGCGGCGGACGAGGUGGACAGACUUUCAAUAGUAGUAGUAAAACUACGGUCACAGGUGCUAGACAUGCUACGUCUAUAGACGCCGCUUCGGAUGAUGGCAGCACGACUAGGUCGUCAGCUAGUGCUCGCUCGCCGACAAGCCCUUCUGAUGGUAACCGCGACGCGGUUAGAGAGUCAACGGAAGCAGACGCUGUUCAACAAAAGUCGCCAGGGUCAACGACGUCGCCGACGGGGUCAACGACGUCGCCGACCGGGUCAACGACGUCGCCGACGGGGUCAACACGGAUCGCCCGGAACACGGUUGUCCUGUCUGGCGCUGCGGCCGCGGCGCGGAAAAGAGGGUCGAGCCGCGGGGGGUCGAUCUGUCAGGAACUGCUGCCGAGCCUGUGGGAGGAGGAGGACGAGCGCGCGGAAGGAACGGCGGCGGGCGCGGGCGAUCGCGCAAAAAAUCGCGGCGCGACGGGGACGCCGGCGGAAAAUGCAGAGGUGGCGGAGGAAACGGAGGCGGGAUUUACUGGCGACGGAAGGGACAGAUAUGACUAUUAUGCGCGGAGGAAAAGCGGAAGCGCGAUUCCGCGGAGUAGGGAGCGAUGGCAGGCGGAGGACGAGGCGGGAAGAGUCCCCGCUGCCGCCGCCACCAACCCCGCUACCGCCCCCGCCUCCCCCUCCGCCUCCGCCAUUCCGCGUGUUCCGAGCCCCACGGGGCUUCCGCCGCGGCCGAUGUCCCCGUCCGACGCAGAUCCGUUACAGUCACGGCACGCGCAAAUGUCCCCCACUACCUCCCCCCCCAACCACCGCCGAACGCAGAGCAGCGGAACCUUUCUCUGGGGGGCCGGAAUGAUGGGGGGACUUCCGCCCACUAGCCCCCGAACCAGCGCGUUUGGCGCGGGUUUUGCAGGCAGCGGCGCGCAUUUGCCCCCGCUGAGCCCCAGGGCGGGCGGAAGAGGGGGCGGCGGGGCUUGCCAUUUGCCCAGCCCCAUUGGGCGGAGCAAAACGACUGGCGGAAGCUCCUCAAGGGUUUCCGCGGGUGGGCCACUCGCUGACGUGGCUAGCCUCCCCAGAAGCCGUACUUCGUACGCGGCGAUGGGGGAAGGCGGAGGGGGAGGAGUAGGGGGAGGAGGGGGAGCGGGGGGAGGGGGACGUGUGGGGAUGGGGGGAGAAGGCAGGGCAGCGGGCGGAGGGGGGCACUUCCCGAUACUGAAUCGGGGGAAGGGCACAGGCGGAGGGGGCGGCGGGGUGCCUCGAAGCGCGAGCAGCGGGAACGUGGCGGGGAUGGGGCAGAGUGGCGCAAGCAUGGGGUUUACCCCCACCAUGGGUACAGUGCUUGAUCCCAGCAUGGGGGGAACAGGGGUGCCUCGCAGCGCGAGCAGCGGGAACGUGGCGGGAAUGGCGCAGAAUGGUGCGGGCAUGGGGGUGAGCGGUGCGGGAAUGGGGUUUACCCCCACCAUGGGAACAAUGCUUGAUCCCGCGCGGGGGGGAAGCGGGGUGCCUAGAAGCGCCAGCAGCGGGAAUAUGGCGGGGAACAUGGGCGGCAGCAUGGGCGGCAGCAUGGGCGGCAUGGGCGGCAUGGGGUUCACUCCCACCAUGGGUACGGUGCUUGGGAGUGCAGGAGUGCCUAGAAGCGCGAGCAGCGGGAAUAUGGGCGGCAUGGGCGCCAGUGGCGCAGGCAUGGGCGGGAGUGGCGCGGGAAUGGGCGGGAGCACCACGGGCAUGGGCGGGGGUGGCGCAGGGACAAGGCUCAGUGGGUUGGGAUUGGGUUCACCUGGUGCGCAUAAAGGGGGCGCGCACAGGAGAACAAGCAGCGUUAGCAGCGGCGGUGCUGGUGGUGGUAGUAUGCAGCAGCAUGGGUACAGCCUGAGCAGCCCUAGAAACACGGGCAUCAUAGGACGACACAGGAGAUCGGCCAGUACAAGUCACCAGCCAGAUCCCACCUCCACGAACCUUCCUGACAGCAGCAGGCCCAAGGGAUUCCGGGCGCCGAGAAUCGUGCUUCCCCAUCAUGACAGCAUCAGCCCUGCCACGUCACCGCACUCCACCAGCCCACGUGGCAGCAGCAGCCUCGCUCCCGGUGACACGUCACUCAAGUCGCCCUACACCAGCCCGCCCAAUGCCAGUCCACUUGGCACUCCGCCCUCCCCCAGUUACCGCCUCCCUCCCCAUAAAGCUUCUGCGUCUGCUGCUGCUCAUGCCAUGUCCUCUGGAGUGCGUGUGCUAGGACCAGCACAGUUACUUGGAGGUUUUACAACAGCAGUAACAGGAGCAGCAGGAGCAGCAGGAGAAGCACCAGCCAUCCCAGCGACCUUUUCUCGCUCUCCAAGGCACCGAAGCCCCACUGUGCUCAGCCCGAGCCUCCGCAGCCCGAGCCUGCACAGCCCGAGCUUCCGAAGCCCGAACCUGAAAAGCCCGAGCCUGCCCAGCCCCGGCGUCAUCCGAACCGGCAGCUCAAGUCCGGGAGGCAACGCAGCGAGCAACUUAAUCGGGUUCUCCUCGCCAACUUACCUCCCUAGUCCAGCCUCCUCGGCAUCUUUAAAUGCAAAUAGCCCAUAUGCGAAUUACCCGUAUACCCCAGGAGGGGGCAGUGUGGUGCAUAGUCCUCAAUCCAUGGCUGCUCUUGCAGAGAGGGACAAGCAAAAGCUGGCCGAAAUCCAGAGCUUCUUUGCUUCGGGAGCUGGUGGGUUAGCUUCGGGAAGGCGAGGGGGCAAGCACGGAAAGACAGACGUGAAAGCGAUGGUGCUGGAAGGAGCAGGAGGAGGAAAGGCAGGCGCUAAAACCACGGUACAAGCAGGAGCAGGCGAAGCUGCCAAGAAGGAGACAGCAGGAGUCACCCAAGGGCUGAAGGAAGGAAAGUCGGACGUGAAAGCGAUGGUGCAGGCUGCUUUGGAGGAGUGGCGGAGGAAGGAGGAGGCGGCCAUGCAGCAGCAGGCAGCGUCUGUGCUGGGCAGGGGACUGUCGGACGUGCGCAAGGUGUAUCAGCUGGGGAAGGAGCUGGGGCGGGGCAACUUCGGGGUCAUCAGGGAGGCGGUUGACUGGGUGUCUGGCGAGCGGUUUGCGUGCAAGAGUGUCAACAAGAAACGACUGGAGGUAAGAUGGUGUGGGUGGCAGACGUGUGUGGGACGUGCGGGGCGUGUUUCAGCUGGGGACAGGAAGGCAGCUGGGGCGGGGGGUGUGUGGGACGUGCGGGGGGUGUACCAGCUGGGGAAGGAGCUGGGGCGGGGGAACUUCGGUGUGAUGAGGGAGGCGAAGGAUUGGGUGUCUGGAGAGAGGUUUGCGUGCAAGAGUGUCAACAAGAAACGGCUGGAGUGCCUGGACGAUGUUGAGGAUCUGAGGAGGGAGGUGGAGGUGAUGCGAUUGCUCAAGGGGCAUCCCAACAUAGUGUCGCAGGUUGAUACCUACGAAGAUGACACGGACGUGCACAUAGUGAUGGAGCUGUGUGAGGGGGGAGAGCUCUUUGACCGCAUCGUCGCGCGCAACCACUUCAGCGAGAGACAAGCAGCACAGGUAUGCCGCACCCUGGCCGACGUGCUGCGCUACUGCCACUCCCACCACAUCCUGCACCGCGACUUAAAGCCCGAGAACGUGCUGCUGGUCUCAACCCGCAGCGACACGCGCGUGAAGGUGAUCGAUUUCGGCAUGGCCUACCGCUUUCAAGAAGGAGAGCGCUGCACGCAACGCGCCGGCACUCCCAACUACAUCUCUCCAGAGGUUAUCGCGAAAAACUACGGCACCGAAGCAGAUGUGUGGAGCUUGGGGGUGAUUCUCUACGUGAUGCUGUGUGGGCUGCCGCCGUUCUGGGGGGACACAACAGAGGAGAUUUUUUCGAGCAUUCUGUACGAGCCGUUGGAUCUGGAGACCGAGCCUUGGCCGGACGUGUCUGCCGCAGCUAAGGACCUGGUUCGGCGAAUGCUGUGCCGGAGGUUCGACGAGCGGAUUACUGUGCCGGAGAUACUGAGUGAGUUGGGGUUGGUGUGUGGGCUGUUUGUGGGUCUGAUUGCAAGGCUGACUGCAAGGGGGAUGGAGGAAGAUCAGCUGACGAUACUCGUAGAGUCACGGGAUGGCGACAGCGCUGCACAACAGGCAACAACCGUUGUCGCUCUUCAUAAUACAUCCGACCUCGCAGGCAGGCCGCGCGCCGACGCCGACGAUGGAACCGCAUGGGAAAGCGGAUUUUCCGGCGACGCGCGCGACCGUUCACGGCAAGGCUCCAGCAAUGGCACGUCAGCAGACAGUGAAGCGGAGCGGAAUGGAGUGCUGCAUGAAACAAACAGCCAAUUGUCGAUGCUCUCCGGUCCAGGCAGCAAAGUCGCAGGCGACGCCAGCGACUACGGCGGCGACGGCGACGACGACGAGGGCGACGGCGUCGGAGAGGACGCGGACUUGAAAGUAAAAGACAUCGAGGCGCCAAUCCGCGUGCGACGCGUGGAUUUCAACGCGGAAAGCGAGAACCAUUACGUGAUCGUGAUCCACGGGACGUUCGACGCGCCGCCGGCUGACGGCGCGCCGACGUGGUACCAACCGCCGCCUCCCGGCGAGCAGAACUUUUGCCGGAAGCUCAGCCGGCUGCUCGCGCUGGGACCCAUCGGGGAGGAUGCCAUCUGGCGCGACCUGCCGUGCUCCGCGCUCCCGGGAAUCCCGUACCCUUUCCACUGGGACGGCACCAACACGCACGCCGGCCGCGUCACCGCCGCUAUGAAGCUGCACAAUCUGAUCGACCAAAUCGCUCAGAACGACCCAGCAGCUCGAAUACACCUGGUGGCGCAUUCUCACGGCGGCAAUGUCAUGCUCAAAACCAUAGAACUGUACUUAGCGAAGAUUGGGCGGCGGCAGAAGGGCGAGUGGCACCCGGCGGUGGAGAGGCAGUUUUGGGUGGCGCACCGGCGGAGCUACGAGCUGAUCAAGAAGUGGCGGCGCAUCGACAUGCGCCAAUCCUGGUGGCGCUUCUUCCCCUUCCUUGUCGUGUACCGAGGUUUUAAUGGGCAGAAAACAGUCGGAGUGAAGGAGAGUUACCCGUGGGCAUACCACCAGUGGCUGGACUCGCUGCUGCGGCUGCCGUCAGUGCGGCAGCGGCGCUUCCUGGCGUUCCGCCAUGCCACCUCGCCCAUCACCAACGCCCUCGGCGCCCUCGUCUUCCUCGGCACGCCCUUCUACAUCAAAAAGUGGCAGACCAACGGGCUGCUGUGGUUUGCGCUCUCCUUGGUCUUCUCGGUUGCGCUGAUGUAUGUCUUCAUCAUCGCCUAUACGUCCUUCAUCCAGUUCAUCGUUCUGCUCAUCGCCGGCCGCCUUCAAGACUUCUACACCCAAUCAGGCCCUCACUUCCUCAUCGCAACUUCAGUCAUGCUUCUGGUGCUCAUCAAACAAAUCAUGGAUGCGGUGGGCAAUACAGUGUUCUACAGCGGCAAUCUCUACCACAACCCUGCCUUUGAUUGGUCACCUGCCAUGUCAGCACUUGUUAUCCAUGCUGGCAAGCUAGACGAGGCCAGUCUAGCGCUAUCCAUGGAGCCAAUCACGCGAGCCUACGUCUUCCCCCACCUGACAAAACUCCUGAAGCAGACCCCCUGGGCGCCCUUCCCCAAGCCCCCAACCCGCUACGCGCGCCAAGUCGACUGGUGGGCGUUCCUAUUCCACUGCGCCAUCAUCCUCGUGUGGGACACACUGUUCUUCCUCCCAGCUGCUAUCAUGUCGGUUUGCUCGCACAUCAUCGCGCCGAUUGUCACGGGAACGAUUCAGAAGAUGGUGGUUACGAUCAGCUUUGGGCUGUCGGCCGGGGAUUUAAACCACGCGUAUAUUUAUGUGGAUGAGCAUCUGGAUUUGGACCUGGCUACGCAACAAGUCGACCAAUGGAAUGUGCAG